GAUGGCUCACCUGAAGCAGACUUUUUCAUCUCUUUUCAACUGCUUAAGGGAAACACCGUCUCUCUUUUUGGGACUUAUGAGGUUGGACAGCUGCCUAGACACUGAUGAAGAACGUGUGAAUUUUGCUAGAAGAGAUGAAUUGAACAGAGCUCACAGUGAGGAACCAGAUGGACCCCUGAACUUUGAGCUUGAUGUUUGUCACCAGGAUCCAGAAUACAUGUUCCCAGCUCCCUUGCCACAUGCCCAGGUCAAACUGAUCACCAGCUGGGAAGCAGGAUGGAAUGUAACAAACGCCAUUCAGGGAAUAUUUGUCCUAGGAUUGCCGUAUGCUCUCCUCCACAGUGGAUACAGUGGCCUACUUCUUAUUGUCUUGGCUGCAGCAUUAUGCUGUUACACAGGCAAAAUUCUAAUUGUUUGCUUGUAUGAAGAAAAUGAAGAUGGGCAACUGGUAAGAGUGAGAGACACGUAUGAAGAUAUUGCAAAUGCCUGCUGCAAAAAGCUGUCUCCCAAACUAGGUGGCAUAAUUGUCAAUGUGACCCAAGUGGUGGAACUGAUCAUGACAUGUAUUUUGUAUCUGAUUGUUAGUGGGAACUUGCUGUCACAGAGUUUUCCAUACAUAGCACUGACUGAGAAAACUUGGUCUGUAAUUGCAUUUGUUACUCUGUUACCUUGUGUAUUUAUCAGAACUCUCAAAAUUGUUUCCAAACUCAGCCAGCUUUGCUCCUUGGUUCACUUUGUUAUCAUCCUUGUAGUGAUGACUUACUGUCUUACACAAAUACACCAGUGGUCCUGGGCAAAAUUCAGACUCUCCAUUGAGUUUGAGGACUUCUUGGUCUCCGUAGGAGUGAUUAUUUUCAGUUACACUUCGCAAAUAUUUCUUCCCACACUUGAAGGUAACAUGAAAAACCCAGAGGAAUUUAGGUGUAUGCUGAAUUGGACUCACUUUUUUGCCUGUGUCUUGAAAACAACCUUUGCACUGACUGCUUUCUUGACCUGGGGUGAAGAAACAAAGGAAGUUAUUACAGACAACCUGCCAUCAUUUCUUAAAACACUUGUGAAUUUAUGUCUCUUAACCAAGGCUCUUCUUUCUUACCCUUUGCCCUUUUUUGCAGCCACAGAAAUUGUGUAUUCCUGUAUUUCUAAAGGCAACCAUUCCAAUUACAGAUCUCUAUUACUUUUGCUGGGUGUAAGAGGCUCAUUUCUCUUGUUAACUCUGCUGAUGGCCAUGUUUACACCACAUUUUGCCCUGUUGAUGGGUUUAUCAGGCAGUGUAACAGGUGCUGCUAUGACUUUUCUCCUUCCUUCUCUCUUCCAUUUAAAACUUAAAUGGAAAAAACUGUCCUUCUUAGAGAAAUGUGCAGAUAUCUCUGUUUUUAUUUUGGGCCUCCUUUGUAGCCUCGCAGGCAUAGUUUGCUCAAUAAAAGGGCUGCUUGAAGUAUUUGGAGGAGUGUAAAAGAUUUCCUGAAAGACAAAUAAAGAUCAAAUCUUAUUAAUACUUUUUACUCUGUUAAUCAGUAUAUAAGAAAUUUUGUCACUAGGUAGAACUAAGCAUGUGCUUAAAGAUUUGCAGAGUCAAGGCUUCAACCGGAAAAGUAUGUGGCUCUAAGCAAAUUGGAAAAUAACCUACAGAGCCAAAAAAGUACAAAACUAGACCUCUUUAAAAUCUUGAGAAGAAAGAUGUUGCAGAUGGUUUAGCAUGAAGAUAAUUUUAAAGUAAUACUAUAUGGUUUUAUUCAUACAUGACAGGCACAUCCUAAAAUUACUACUGCAACUGAUUCCACCAAUUGAACCAGAAUUCUUCAUAAGGUUACACGCUGUUCAGUCUCAAAGCUAUCAAAACUAGCUUACAGGAAGUGAGUUACAGAGAACUAUUAUUGCAAAUGGAUGAAAUAUGAUUUCACAUUACUGGCAGAAUGCAAUUCAACAUGUGAACAGAACAAAUCAGUGAAUUUUGUUUUAUAUGUAAGACAAAUUCUACUACUUGUUUUUUAAAUGAAUAGGCAAAAAGAGAGCUCAGUUUAGAACACCUUUGAAAGCCUGCUUUUAUCAUGAGUUCAAAUGGGAAUGCAGUCACAGUAAAAGGGGCGUUCUAACAGCUCAAAGUCACAGAAAAGAGAACUUGUUCUGAAAUAAGCUAUAGCCAGUGACUGCAGAAUUUCUUCAAGUCUAACUCCCAAGAUUCAUACCUCUGCAAUGCACUUGUUCUAUUGGUUGGGUUACAAGGAGUCUCGCUGGUAGCAUGAAAAAGUUAACAUGCAGUUCACUAAUCCUCUUAAGCAGGAGAUUUCUUUGAUCUAUGUAUUUUAUCUGAUUCUAUUAAAAGCUCAAUGUAGUAAAUCAAGCUCAAUAAACAGUAACACAGUUAACUUCUUUUACAAUUUGGUAGAUCUUCAGAUUUAAAAGAUAUUGGCUUAAUGAAAAUAUCAAAAUUGCAAUGUAUUUUACAUUAAUGAUAAAACAUUAUGACAAGAAGCAAUCCAAUCAGAGUGCUCUAAUGAAUACAUAUUAUCUUAUUGCACUAAAUCUCUGUUAUAUUAAGUAAUUAAAGUAAAAAUUUGGAAGAAGAAAGUGUGCAUUUUUGUUAUGAACAAUUUCACACAACCUUCUACUGUGUCAUGUGGAAAAGUCUUUACAUGUCAACAUAAGACUGGAUGAUAAACAGCCUAAGAGCAACUGCUUAACUAAACCAUCUUGCUAUGCAGUAUCUUACUAUUAAUGCUUCUGUUCUGUAUGAACAACAGUUUCCUCUCGAAGCUAAUUUGCUGAAUGAUAAAUAACAUCCAAUUAAACAAAACAGAGGAGUUUUGAAAAGCCUUGUAUGUCACCCUGUUCCUUCCUUGUCUGCUAAUGUAUGCUUGUCAUAUGGAAUAGUGACAAAAAGUUUAUUAAAACAGAUUAAUUGCCUAAUCCUAAUGUUAUGAAGAAAACUGUGGAAGUAACUAGUCUCUUAGAAUUUUAUUACUUCUUUUGUACAAGGGGUCAAAUCUGCAUUCAAAUACACAACAAUUUUAUUGAUAUUAAAAUUUGUGCUAGAGCAAAUAGGAGGUAUGUAUUUCUAAAGAGACUUUUUAUUUUUAUGUAAAAUGUCAAAAAUACAUUACUCACUGAAAUAGUUGAAAGCUUAUUAUUACUCCUAUGAUGCAGUCAGAAGGAUAUUAUUACUUGGAUGAUAUUAAUCAAAGGGUACCAUUACUUUUUGUGUGGUGAAGCUUCAUAGAUAAACAAACAUGCAGGACACUAUUUUUUCUAUUUAUCCCGUAUAAAUCUCUGAGGACAGAGGGAGGUUGUCCAAAGAUUCUUUGUUUUGCAAAGAUUCUUUCAGUUACUUUGCUCAAAAACUCUCUCAAAAAAAAAAAAAAAAAAGAAAAGAAAAAAAGCGCCAUUUUCCCCAUCUCCUACUUCUAUUAAAUGUGUUUUGUCUCUAACUCUUCAGAAAAUCUUGGGAUUAUCUCCAUGCAUUUGCCGAUGAGAAAAGAUUGAAAAUGGGAAAAGCAAUUUAUUUGUAUGGCAGUUUUAGAAAUUCCCUGGCUCAUCAGUGUGAUUCAAAACUGGCUUUAGCUGGACUUUCUUCUCUCAGACUUUCCAAGAAGCCCAUGCCAAUUACUUUUGAGUCAAAGAUGGCUAUUCACCACUUAAAAAUGAUCUUACUUAUGUAAGAUCUUUUCUACAAGGAUAAAUUAUUUCUGUUUUAUAAGAUAUGUACUAUUUUUGUCCUUAUUUAAUCAUUUAUAUAAUUCCUGUUAACAUCAGGGAACAGCAAGGGCUAUGAUUAACAAGUAGAUGCAACUGUAAAUGCACAAAAGAGAAAGUCAUCCAAGUGCAAGGCCUACAGAAGUCACUUGCAGAGAUCACUAGAUUAAGAGACAAAACAUAGUUUUGUGGUCAAUACUUGGCAAUUUUGAAGAGUGCCAUUGUUUGAGGAACACAAAAGAUGUAUGAGCUUCCCUUUGAAGCUAUGGCCAGAUAUCUUGAUGAGAAACUCUCUUCUGGGGUCAAGAUUAAAUGAAGCUCUCAACUUGGAAAGGCAGAGAUACACACCCUACAGACCAAGCCUGAAAGUGGUGCUCAGCACACUACAAAGACAAAAAUAAAUAUUCAUGAUGUAAGGUUAACUCACUGGAUUUCAUUUCCUAAAACACGCAAUUGCAUCUUUUUAGAUAAAAACUUAUUUCUGAAUAUUUUCCAAUGGCAAAAUUCUAUUAAUAGUAUACAUAAAAUAUUUGCAACCUUCUAUAUUAGACAUUAAAAUACCAUCAAUAGAAUAUGUUCAGAGGACCUGGAAAGGUAGUAUGACUAGCAAUUAUGAACCAGGAAGAACUGCAUUUAUCUCUGUAAUGUCUAUUAGGAAUUUUUGUCACUAAAUUUACACUACCAAUCAUUAGAAUCAUUGAAGCUAGGAAACUAAAAGACUGAUUAAACAUUAAUCUAUUAUUUUGGGCCACUCCUUGAUUAUUCAUUGUAAUAUGAUGGUGCUUUAUCAAAAUUAAUUCUGAAAGCAAACAAUGAACAGUAGUAAACAUGAAGAAAAUGCUAAGUAACAAAUUAUGUGUUGAAAUAAAGCAUUUGCUAACAGUCUUACUUCGUUUGUUUUGCCAGUAGAAGUAUGAGCAAAGGAACCUGUUUCCUUUCAGCGACAGUAACACAGGCACUGCCCAAAAUGCUUCUCCCAUUUUGUAGAGAUUGCAGUGUAAACACCAAACCCUACAUUCCUACUUCCGACAGUAGUCAUGCAGCUUUAAGUGAAUCAGAUUACUCUAAAAUAAAAAUAUACGUUCAGCUAAGGCAUCUGAGGAACUUCAAGUGUUUAUUUAUGAAGUCUUUUCAAAGCUUAAGUCUGAAAUUAGAAUGAAAACCUCACUCCCACUGACUCAGUGGGAAUAUAAUCAUUUACUUCAGUGUAUCAAGGCUCUAACAUCUACGGUCCAUUAACAAUACUUAAUUUACACCAAAGCUUGGUCAUCACUUUACUUCAUUGCUGUAGUUUCUUUUCCACAUUAUUCCAUCUUUUCUCUUUUUCCAGCAGUCAGAUAAAUGUUUUUCCUGCCGAUGCUACUAAAAUGUUACAGAGAUGUCAGAAGAGCUAUUGAAAGAGGCUCUUGAGGCUAACACUAUUUCAUUUACUCUUCAUCCUUGAUUGCUCACUUUAUUUUUAUUUUGUGAAUUUUGAACUGCAUGUACAAAAUUCACUUCCCAGUAACUGGUUAUUCUGAAAAAAUGAUUGUAUAAAAAUAGAACAAAUAAGAUAUCCUGCAACUGUUUCAUUAAAUCAAGUUACAAUUUUCAUAUUUCUUUUCAGAACUACAACAUUUUAAAAACUGAUAGCUGAUUUAUAGAAAUAAUUUAUCCAUUCUUCUAGAUAUUAAUUAUCUAGAUGAUAUAUUGGUCUUGGAAAACAUUCAUCUUCCAAAAUCGAGUUGAAAAGGGAAUGUAUCUCAAAAAUAUUUUGAUAGUAUGAUGAGAUUUAGUUGUCUCGAGAGCUCAUAUGGGAAAUAAAAUGUUGGAAAAUUUAUUGUGUUCUUUAGCAGCUGACAAUGAAUUUGCAAAUACACAGUCUAAAAUCCACUUAAAUAUUUUGUCAACAGCUUAAGUGUUUGUCAAGCUGUUGCCACUUUGAAGUUAGCUGUUAUUCAUUCUUGCAUGAUGUCAUUACCUUUUUAUGUGGUCACCCCUCAAACUUCUAAUAUAUUUGUCUUCACAUUGCCUCUUUGAGGGAUGGAAGUUCCAAAAUCUUCAUUUUACAGUUUUGAAACCAAUACUCAGAACAGAGAUGACACCAAAAGGGAAUCCCAAGGAAUGUCUAGGUUAAUACUUGUCAUUAUACCAUGCUUUCAUGGUGAUCCUGACAGUGAACACUUCUUUUUUUUUUCUCUCAUUGAUCCUUCAUUUUAUCUCCUUUGUCAGUUUGUGCCAGGAUAACAUGAAGGUAUAUAACACAGCAAGCAGCCCAUUAUGCAGCUUUAAUAUUUAACUGAAAGCUGCCUUUCCCAUUUAACUUUUUUUUCUUUUAAGACAAAAAAAUAUGAAGUGAUUCAGGAAAAUUAAAUAUCUAAAUAAUUAUAUAUAGAGAGACACAACAAGUGAUACAAAAGAAAAAAGGCACAUGGGAGACAAAUUAUAGACAGAGUAAAUACAACACAGAAGGCAAAAGGGGAGAUGAGGGAAAAAGUGUAUUGAUUGGAAGGGUAAAACUGAAAACUGACAAAAAGUCGAGAACAACUGAAAAAGGAGAAGAAAAACACAGAAGGGAAAAAGCUCAGAAGUAAAGAAGGGGAAGACAAAGUGGGGGAAAUGGUUUGAUGUGUUAGCGAUAUCAUCUGUAAAUAUUUUCUACAAUUUUGAACAAGCAGUAAUUCAAGCUUUUCUAGUUAAUGCAAGUCAAUAUAUUCUGUGUGUGAACAGUUUUCAUUUCUUUCACUUCCCCAAACCUCUUAUGAAUUCAAAUCAUUCUCAUUUGUCUGGAACUACCUCUAUGUUUAAUGUUUUCUGUUACCCAAAGGAAUUUGAAAAAAUG